AUGGACUUGACGCAUGAAAGGUCUUCGGUGCCACGGUACUUGUCAGGUCAUCACGUAGACAUACUAUCGAAGAGGAACUUGUCGCGUCCCGAAAUGAGCAAGGCAAAAGCCCUCGUUCAACGAAGCUCGAACUUGACUAAAUCCACAAACAGGACUUGGCGCGGGCGUGACGAUGCAAAGGAAGCAUGCGGCGGACGCUGUUGUUCAUCUACUUCGAGCAGAGGCGGGGCCAUGGUGGAUGCAGACGACGACGCAGCAGCAAACUUGACACAGGGGAGCAGCAGAGGGACUCCGAUGAGCGGCAUGAUGCAGGUUGGGCAGCGGAGCUUGACGGGUCCAGGCGAGGUCGCCGGCAGCAGGGGCUGCGACGUGGCCGGGCUUCGGCUGUCGACGACUCCGGUGGCCGGCGCGGUCGGUAGAGGAGGCAAGGACAAGGCGUGA